AUGCGAAAACGUUUUGAAGACGGUGCAAGCUUUACAUGGCUUCCCAUCUGGGCCUAUAACUACUCCUCCUGGAACUUUUUGCUGCUUCUUGCUCUCCUCGCUCAUGAAAAUUUCGGUCAACAAGGUGCGGCCAUCGUCGCUUCGCAGGAGGAGCAUGUCGAACCACCCAAAGCCGCUCCAGAGGCUGCGGCGACUACCUCUGCAAACACACAAGAGCCGCAGAAUCGCUUCACAGAGGCUUUCACAGAACAAGAGUGGGAUGGCGUAAAGAAAUUGCGGGCACUACUCAGUGAGGUCUCAGAAGAAGCUUACGAUAACAAGGAGAGGGUUCCACAUCUUUGGGGAGUGGAGCUUUCCGCCACAUCUCCAACUGCCAAGGCUAGUGUCGUUCUGGUGAAAUUUAUUCGCGCAAGGCAAGGAAAUCUUGAAGCUGCGAAAUCGAUGCUCGUUUCAACACUGAAGUGGCGUGAGGAGUUCAAAGUUGACCAUCUCGCAAAAGAGGAGUUCCCUGAGGAUGUAUUUGGAAAGGUCGGAGUCAUUUCAGGUAAAGAUAAGGCAGGAAGACCAGUUACGUACAACUUCUAUGGCUCUGUUUCACCAGAGGUUGUCUUCAAGGACGUCGACCAAUUCCUCCGUCGACAGCAUGGUCCAACAGCCAGUCAAGCUAGUCAGAUAUUCAGUGACUAUUAUCCCGAGCUAUUGGUUCGUCCACCGGAUCUUCAUUUUCCCAGGGCUCUAACGCCAACCUUUACAGCACAAGAAAUUCUUUGUCUCAGUACCAACACUCCUUACAUGGAUAUUCUGGACCUUCACUAA